AUGGCCUCCCUUAUCUCGGCACCCUGGGCUAGAGUUCGUGGAACGAAUGAGCACGAUGGCGGCGUUCUUUUCGAAUGUCUAUGUUAUCCAUGCUUUGCUUCAAAUGUCAUAUCUUCUUGGUCUCCUGGAUUGCCCAUAUCUCUUCCUGAAGGGGUCCCUUCUCGAAAUGGGGGCCGUAGUGACUUGGCCCUGAUUGAGAGAGCUCUCUACCGCAUUUUGAAAACGCAAUACGGAGCACCUCUGGAUAUCAAUGAGGCAAUCACUGCUGUGCGGUCUGAGGGAAUGAUAUUCAAGACCCGCAAAGAAGAGGAGAUUGCUUUGUUGGACAGUUGGCGGCGCAGAGAUAAGACGUCGCAAGCUGGCUAA